GCUUACUGGUCACGUGAAAGUGACGUCAGCGUGACCAGCAUGUGGCUCUUGAGACCAAGCGCAGUGCUGUUGGGACUGGUGGGGAGCAGAGGAUACCUGAGAGCCAUGUGUGCACAGGUGACUGAUUGGCAGAGUGCCAAGUCAAUCUAUGAGUUCUCUGCCAAGGAUAUUGAUGGCAACGAGGUGUCUCUUGAGAAAUACAAAGGGUAUGUCUGCAUCAUCGUAAAUGUAGCCUCUAAAUGAGGAAAGACCAAGGUAAACUACACUCAGCUAGCGGGAAUGCACGCCUCCUACGCUGAGAAAGGUUUACGCAUCAUGGGCUUCCCAUGCAACCAAUUUGGAGGACAGGAGCCGGGGACUGACGCAGAGAUUAAAGAGUUUGCAAAGGGUUACAAUGCAGAGUUUGACCUCUUCAGUAAGAUUGAGGUGAAUGGAGACAAUGCUCACCCUCUGUGGAAGUGGAUGAAGGCUCAGCCUAAAGGCAAGGGACUUCUGGGAAAUAACAUCAAAUGGAACUUCACAAAGUUCCUUAUAAAUAGAGAAGGACAGGUGGUGAAGAGAUACGGCCCAACAGAUGAUCCUAGCGUGGUGGAGAAGGACCUGCCCACAUACCUGUAAUCCUACUAUCUCCAUGUCUUUGUUCCACUCCUGAACUCUCCUAUGGACUUGAGGUUAUUGGUGUGUGUGUGUGUGCAUCUGGACCAGUGACGGCCUUUCUGUAAACCCAACAUUGGGAAGGACUGGCCUGAUGACCCCUGCGUGCAACUAACCUCCAGAGCCCACCCACACCAAACCCUUUAAGACCAUAUGAGUGGAUAUUCACUAGUGAUCCAAAGUAAAGAGCCUUCACAUCUUAUUGUAAACACAAAUCAGCCAUUCCUUUGACUGAUACAAACGCCAGCCCUCUCUGAAUGUUAAGUGACAAGUUUGUUCAUGUGUCAAUGUCAGUUUUCUCAGUCAUAGUAUUUCACAGACUUCUGUAAAACUACUGAUUUAUAGUAUUUGCAUUUAACAUGUCAAUUGUAUUUAAAAGUAGGCCUGAUGACUUAUGUGAUGACAUUGGAAAAUAAAUGCUGUCUUGGACAUUAA